AAGAUUAUCAGAAAAUCUACGAUAGGAGCUGUCAUAAAAUUGCAACACUGUUUGGUAAAAAAAAUACAAAACAUUAAAGAGUGAGCGAAGCAGCAAACAAUUGCCGAUGAUUUUAACCAAUAGUCAAAUGGGCCAAAAGAUAACAAAAAUCCCCGCUUCAUAGCCAACACGUAAAUGUAGAAUACAAAAAGUAGAGCACUUGUUGGAGAUAAUACAAUAUUCCAAGAAAAUGAUAUGAUAAUAAAUAAAAAUUGUAAAUAAACUGACUACAUAUGAAGAGGAGCCAGCAUUAAAGAGUUCAUUACAGUCAAAUUGUGUCCAUAGGCAUACUCGCAGCGCGUUUAGUGUUUAAUAAUCGAAAUAAACGAAAUUUAAUUUACAAUUUCAACACGUUAAAGUGUUAAAAGUUUUUAGUUGCGCUACUAAUUUAACCUACAAAAACGCAUACGCCAUGUCAGAUUUCAGCAAGAAUCCUCCGGCAUAUGCACAACCUGGCUAUACGCCUGCGCAAACAUAUCAACCGCCACCAACCACCGAAACAGUGAUCAUACAAACAACGAAUCCACCAUUCGUGGCCGUUAGCAAUGAGCCGACACGCCUCACUUGUCCUUCCUGCCACGCCCAAGUGUUGACCAACGUUACCCAUCAGGCGACGAGCCGUACACAUUGCUGGGCUUUGGUGCUGUGCCUCUUAUUUUGCUGGCCUUGCGUGUGUGUACCCUACUGCAUGGACUCCUGCCAGAAUGCGAAUCACUAUUGUCCCAAUUGCAAUGCAUACAUUGGCACAUACGCAAACUAACUGUAUAAAUCAACCAAAGCGCAGAAACCCCCAAACUAAAGUAAAACCAAACACAAAUGAAGCCGCCUAUUUUCCAAAAAAUAAAACCAAAGCGUCGAAGCGACAAAAAAUAACUGUUUUUCUUGAAUCAACGAAUGAAGCGAUAAGAAGCCACUAAAGUGUUUGGAUGCAAAUAAAUGGAGCAUAAUUGAUAAAUAAACGCGUUUACUUAAAUAUUUUUACUGUAAUAAAUAUAUAAAUAUAUAUACUUACAAUACAUAUGUACAUGCAACAUGUAUCUGUAUUUGUGUUGUAGAAAAAAGUGGUGAGAAUGAAAUUUCUGAAUUAAAUUUUGAACUAAAAUUGCUAAUGUAAAGAGUUGCAUUAUAUUCCAGAUUUCUAUGCUAUAGUAUUUUCAUAAGAUAAUGUAAAAAAUUGUACUUUAUAAAGAGUAAUAAAUAUACACACACAAACAUACAUACUUUGUUAACGACGAUGAAAAGCAUUUAAUGAGAAAUAUAUAUAGUACUAUAUGCACGUACACAUGCACAUGUGUGUGUGUAUGUGAUAUACGGAAAAAAUAAA